AUGCGCCUCUUAUCCUUGUUAGUAUCCAUUUGGCUCGGUCUCGCUGCGGCACUUUCUUUCUCACGCACGCCUACGAUUCAGCGGCGACAAAUUCCUGGGUUUUCAGAGGAUGAGAUGAAAGAAAUGCCUAACGUUUCCCCGAGAACGUAUAUAGACGUUGCAUGCACUGAUGAAGAGAAGCCAACAAUCGAGUUCGCUUGGGAUGAGGCAAAAUUACUUGCAGAUGCAGCAACUAAUAUCGUUAGCGGCUACGACUAUAACUUGCCGUAUACACAGUGGUUCGGUGAUGAUUGGAACGUACAGGGUGAUCCCAAGGCUGAGGAAAGAGCUGAGGCUAUUACCCAUGCCUUUAAUCAACUUGGAAAGCUGUUCAGAGGAGAGCCAAAGGAUCACACAUAUUUCAUAUUUCGGUGUAACGAUAAGAGGAAGGAUUGCACUGGACAGACUCAAGCAGCCACCUGGCAGACAGAACGAAAGGAUGGACAACACGAGUUACUCUAUCAAAAUGUCAUUUUCUGUCCGGAUUUUUUCACUGAUAAGACACUAGGAGAACAGAUUGCCAGGUAA